AUGGUUGAUCUCAUGUUUCGAGAUGAGAGCCACCAUGUUAUCAAGCGAGCCACCACCACGAGGAAGCGUCCCAAGAAGGCGAGACUUGCUGGCACUGGUCCCAACACGCCGCCGCCUUCGACUCGAUCUUCACUAUCUUCGUCUCCAUCUCUAGUUAUUCGCCAACCCCGACCAUUUAUUAGCGACACAUCGCCAUCAAGCGAGGAGGACUUUGGUGCCGCCGAAUGUGCUCAUAGGGAUGCCAACCGUGGAAGCGUGUCUGGUAACAGUGAAUUUGACGACGAUCAAGCUCGCACGUAUAACAGCAGCCAUACGUCCACCGCUCUCACGGCCACAAACUCCAGUAGAAUUCCAUACGCACCGACAAACUCUCUCCAGGAGCGUGGGAUAGCAUUCUUUUUUGCCCGCUAUGUCGCCACCGACCACGGCUGUUAUCAAAAUUAUGACUUCAUCUAUGAUGUGUGGAAGCCGCCCCCUGCUUACGACAUGGACUCGACGGACUGCAUCACCGCCAGCAUGACGGCCGUUGGCCUCACCAGUUUGUCGAAACUGACUCGUUGCCCCGAAACAUUUCGACGCGCGCGCCAAAGCUAUACUGUUGCUCUUGGCCUUGCCAACUCAGCUCUGAGUAAUCCCGCCGAGGCUGUCAAGGACAGCACUAUGCUUGCCGUCCUUAUUUUGGGUACAUACGAGUUCGUCUCUGGCCGCACACCUCAAACUAUCAGAGCUUGGCAGGAUCACGUUAACGGUGCUGCUACCCUGGCAAGCAUGAGAGGAGCUGCCCAAUUUCGCACCAAGGCCGGUGCUAGAAUGUUUAUCAUGCUCUGUCACACGGUUCUGAUCAGCUGCAUCCGUAGCGGCUUACCCAUGCCGCAAUCCAUGGUUGAUCUAAGAAACGAACUUUGGCACUUGACUGACACCAGUGGUCCUAUAUGGCGAGUUGUGGAUACGCUUUAUAACGCCCUGCAGGUUCGACAUGACAUCAAGUCAGGCAAAGUAUCUGGGGUCGAUGCUGUUGUUAAAAAGCUGUGUGAUGUUGAAGAUCAGUUCUCGGCCUUGAUUUCGAGCCUUCCACCCGGAUGGUACUAUCGACAAGCAAAACUUUCGAAGCCUCAUCCAGCCGUUUUGGGAGAUACUUGCCACAUCUAUCGAGGACUCACCCAAGCAACCACGUGGAAUGGUAUUCGCACCAUGAGGAUGUUGGUGCAAGAAACCAUUGUUGAGGUUCUCUGCGCUAGCGCCGAAGACCCGACAAUGCUAUCUACCCAGCAUCAACUUCAGCUUGUCAAAGCCAUGAAAUUGAUACAAAUGCUGGGCGAAGCCUUUGUUUCAAGUGUACCACAGCACUUUGGUGUCGUGAGCGGCAAAGACAUCGUUCGCGACAGACAAGGACGACAUACGGUUGCCCCUAUACCCACCACCCAGCUUCCUCACCGUAUCUUGUCACCCUCCGAUCAGAAGUCUUUACCCCAGGCCACCAGCAGCUCUGCUAGUACCCCUACUUCUGUGUCCACCGGCGCGUCUCGCAAGCCUACUCUGUUUGAUCCCACGCAAUCCAGCGGACACGAGAGAGGCGCGGAACGUUUCUUGACGUUGGCUACGGCUAGCCACACCAUCAUUUGGCCGCUUUACACGCUAGGCAUGUCUUCUUCAACGACUCCUGACACGCUUGCUUAUGUCUUGGAUCGGCUGGAGGCCAUUUAUCAGGAAACUGGAUUUGAACAAGCUCGCAUCGUGUCGAAUAUUGUCAAGGAGCAGGUCCAUACUUUACUCUGGGAUCAGAUCCCGACCUCGAAACUGCCUUCAUUACCAGACACUGCACUACCCAUGAUAGUGUGA